AUGACUGAGGCAACUGUCAAUGUGCAUUUAGAGGAUGUGCAAAGGACAUCUUCCUUGAUAUCCUGGUCCAAAAAUGGCCUCAUUGUUUACACAUCGCCAUGCAAAGUCUCCAAACACAAUUUAUUUCUAACUUACCUCGAGAACAUUGACGGCCAGUCAUGGAAAUUGGCACCACCACAACCUAUCGAAGUUAAACUAGAGAACAACUUCCUGCCUGAAAUAUCAUUAGUAUGCUGGAGUACUCUUAGCACAGACUUGGCAGUGUCUGAUGUGUAUGGAAAUUUCUACAUAUUACUAGCUGGUGUGGGAAUGGUGGACUCGAAAGAUGCAUCACCGAGUUACGAAUUGACUUCGUACAACCACAUGGAGAUGAUCUACCGAGAUGUCAUAAAUCAGGACAUAAAGUCACCCAUCAAUCCCGGAGCAUCAAUCAUCGCAUUCAAGUGGCUCAAUAUCGAAAAAGCACAAAUCUUAAACAAGCCUGCGAGCUUGGUGAAUUUGGACCAAUCGUACAUAUACACGUAUGGCGUGAAUCAGCUUGCACCACAUGGUGUACUGCAUCCUAUCCCAACCAAACAAGCUUGUUUAGCACUACGAAGAAAUGGGACUUUCAUGUUGUAUUAUCAAGGUGAGCACAAGGUGGAGUAUCACAAGGCUUCAAUUACAUUGAGCGAUAUCUCGUUGAUGAUUAGCAAGGCGUCAAUUGGGUUUGCCAAUGAUAAACAGAUUGUCAUCACUGCAUACGACCAAUUGACAAAUGAGAUUUCCACCUAUUUGGUGACCAUAGACUGGGGGUAUCUCGUAGAGUCGGCAAGAAGGCAGAAAACUGAUCCUCAUUACCAUACGCCAAAAGAAAACCAAACCCCCCCACUGUUGAGUCUUGUAAAGAUUUACACCAUGAAACCGUUGCCAGAGUACAGGGAGAAUUUACUCAGCUCGCUAUCGUCCAUUGAUAUUGUAUCAGCGGCUCUGGAAAAAUAUUCCAAGUUGAGUAUUCUAAUCAGUUACGGAGCAGUUGAGAUAUACAGAUACGAACUUGUCGAUACUGCAGAGCUUAUACCUGAUGCAUUCAAUGAGUUGGGCGGAAGUAAAUCCGGAAAGGAUCAAUCGUUUAUCACAAUUGAAUUAAAGGAAAAAUUAUCUAGAACUGGGAGGGUGCAGUCCAUUUUGAGUGGACCUUCAGAUUUACAUUGUUUGAUAUUGUACGAAGAUGGACAUAUAGAUGUCCUUGAUACAAAAACAUGGAAAGUUGUCAACACAUUGAAUGAACAGUUUCCACCGCCUACAAUAUCGACUGUGUUCGAUGUUGGGUUUGCAUUCCCCGAAAUCAAGCAUGAAAAUCCAUUGAUCUUGGCCGUGUCGCCAAAUAUGACUUCGUUUGUGUAUACAGAGGUGUACAACGGUACCGAGCUUUUGACAUUUAGGUCUGUGGAAAAAGUACGCAAUUCUGGGUUCCAGCCACGGGAUCUAUUUGCCACCUCUGUUGCCUUAGCAUAUAGACAUGCAUACGCUUGCUACACAAACACUUUUACGGACGAUUUGAUUAUAUUAAUUCAAUCAGAGGUGAAAAGGCUUCGCUCAUUAUUACUUGAGCAGAUGCCCGAGAAGAAUGACAGCAUUCAGUUGAUGGUUAAGAAGUUUGUUGACUCGAUAAUUAGCGAGGCUCACAAGUCAAUCAAUUUCCAAUUGGAUGCCUUUAGCAAGGAGUCUGUCGAUAAACUAUUGUCGAACCCACCAUUGCAAAAGCUUCUUUCAUUACAGCUUAUACUAGGUGAAGCACAGAGUAACUCGGUGAUGUCAGAUAUCGCAUGGAUUGUAUUGAAUUUGAGAAGCACAAACUUUGGGAUCAUGUUUUCACUUUCGAGUGUAUACCGCCAGAUUUCGAAAAAGAAGCCCAGUGAAGAUACUUUACAAGACUCUGUUGUCAGAGGCGAGUGCAUUGUAUCGCUAAUUGGAAACAUAAAAUGGCUCAUUGAUUUGAUGGCUUACUUCAAUCAAGAACUAUUGCAGCUUUCGUAUUUCAAAAAUGAUGCUCAAAACAGCAAGCUUACUCUUGACAAUUCAGUUGUGUUGCCGGUCAUUUUGAGCAAAGUGCCCCGAUUGUUUCUCAUGUAUGCAAUAUCGUCCAUGGGUAAAACUCAUGAAAUUUUGAAGAAAUUGCACAAGGACUUGGCCGAGAGUAACAAGCUUUUCACGCCAAUGAAGGAGGCAUUAAAUAGGUAUUUCACUGUAUGUUCCAGUGCUCCAUUGACUUUGAGUUUGUUUGAACAGUAUCUUCGCGAAUGCGAUGCAUUAAUCACAAAAGAGUUUGCUACAAGGCUAGCCACCAAAGAAAAGGGCUAUUCUUUGAAAGUUGAACAAAAGUUAGUUUGUCAGGGGAACAUCUCCGAUGACGUAAAGGAUAUCGCACGGAUGUUGGUGGAUAGAUAUGCGCACAAUAUCGGUCGGGAAAUGAAAGUUUCCGAAUUGUACUUUUACAACACAGAAUGGUUAAAUAUUGGUUUUAAUAGGGCUGUUGAGUCCUUGGAAGAUUCAUCAAUCAUCUAUGACCAAUCUUCGGACAAGAAAGUGAUCCCCAGAUUGAAACUUGAUCAUGAUAUAGAUGCAUUGAGGAAAAUUUACAUCUACGAUGGCAAUAUCAGAAGAUGCACAAGAUGCCGAUCGGUGUCGUUGGUCACGGACCCGUUUGUAUUUGAGUCAAUCACAACCGUGGGAUUAUGGACUAUGGUUUUCCAAAGAACGUGCAUUUGCGGUAACACUUGGGUUAAUAUAUAA